AGGGCUUUUGGUCUGGUCACAGGGUUCAGUAGAAGUCAUGCACUGAUUGGUUGGGGUUAUUUUUGGGUUUUGUUUGGUGUUCUUUUUUUUUUUUUUUUUUUUUCUUUUUCUUUUUUUGGCAUCUAGUUCAGUGGGAAGUCCUGUGGCUUUGCUUGGACAACUAGUUCAGAAUCCAGUGAUGGCUGUUGAAGGGGUCCUUGGUGCUGAUGAUGUCAGGAGGCACCCUGUCUGGGCUGGUGGAAGUCGGCCCCUGACUGCUGUUUAUUAGAAUUUGCCAAGCUAGACCAUUAAUCAAGCUGCUGUUCUGGUCCCUGUGUGUCCCUAACUCAUGUGCUUUUCCUCACUGAUGCAGAAUCCAUGAUCUAGCCCCAAACUCCUGGGGGUUGCAAAAGAAGCGGAGCCCGGCUUAGCUCCAAUUGGGCCACGCAGCAGUCAUGGCUCAAUACAGGGGCACCAUGCGCGAGGCUGGCCGUGCCAUGCACCUGAUCAAGAAGCGCGCAAAGCAGAGGGAGCAGAUGGAGGUGCUGAAGCAGCACAUCGCCAAUGAGACCAUCGUGAAGUCCAAGGUAGACAAGAAAUUCUCGUCCCAUUACGACGCGAUGGAGGUGGAGCUGAAGUCAAGCACUGUGGGUCUGGUGACGCUGAACGACAUGAAAGCCAGGCAGGAGGCCCUGAUGCGGGAGCGGGAGGUGCAGCUGGCCCGGAGGGAGCAGCUGGAGGCGCAGCGGCUGCAGCUGGAGGCGCUGCGUGACAAGGAGCGCAAGCAGGAGCAGAAGCGCCGGAUCCGCAGCCUGUCCUUUACGCUGGACGAGGGUGACGAGCCUGACGAGGGCGCCGAGCACGAGGCGGAGGCGGCCGGACGGCGGCGCAAGGUGGCAAGCGAGAGGAAGAGGAACCUGGGCAAGGACCCCGACGUGGACACCAGCUUCCUGCCUGACCGCGAGCGCGAGGAAGAGGAGGACCGGCUGCGCGAGGAGCUGCGGCGCGAGUGGGAGGCGCGGCGCGAGCAGGUGAAGCGCGAGGAGAUGGAGGUCACGUUCAGCUACUGGGACGGCUCGGGCCACCGGCGCUCGGUGAGCUUGCCCAAGGGCAGCACGGUGCAGCAGUUCCUCAAGAAGGCGCUGCAGGGCCUGCGCAAGGAGUUCCGUGAGCUGCGCUCGGCAGGCGUGGAGCAGCUCAUGUACAUCAAGGAGGACCUGAUCCUGCCGCACUACCGUACCUUCUACGACUUCAUCGUCACCAAGGCGCGCGGCAAGAGCGGACCGCUCUUCAGCUUCGAUGUGCACGACGACGUGCGGCUGCGCAGCGACGCCAGCCUCGAGAAGGACGAGUCGCACGCGGGCAAGGUGGUGCUGCGCAGCUGGUACGAGAAGAACAAGCACAUCUUCCCUGCCAGCCGCUGGGAGCCCUACGACCCCGAGAAGAGGUGGGACAAGUACACCAUCCGCUGACGGCCCUCCAGGCCCUCCCCGUCCCUGUGCCCCAUCACUUCCAGCUUAACUUGGUGACUGUCAUUUCU